UCAUGCUGCUGCCAGGUCCACAGUGUCUCAUGGGUCCCUGUACGGCCUCCCAUUGCUGCUGUCUCCAUCGCCACACUCUGCCAUGUGCCACUUUCAGGUCUCCUCACACUGCUGGUGUGUUCCAUUUUGUCAUAGGGUGCUGGCAGAUUACGGGCCUCCCAUUGCUGCUGCCAGGCCUGUAAUCUGCCAUGGGCCCCUGUACCGCCUCCUCAUGCUGCUGCCAGGUCCAGAAUCUCUCAUGGGUCCCUGUACGGCCUCCCAUUGCUGCUGUCUCCAUCGCCACACUCUGCCAUGUGCCACUUUCAGGUCUCCUCACACUGCUGGUGUGUUCCAUUUU